AUUACCAUGUAUGUGAAUAAAGUGGGGCCUUACUUUAAUCCACAUGAAACUUAUCAUUAUUAUUCUUUGCCCAUUUGCCGUCCUCAAAAGGUGGAACAUCGCAGUUUAACGUUAGGUGAAGUCUUGAAAGGGGAUCGAAUGGCUGUAUCAUCCUUUAACAUCCGAUUUCGAGAAACAUUCAAGAAUAAAAAAUUAUGUACAGAACCCUAUGAAAAGAAAGACAUCGACAAAUUGAUUCAUGCCAUUGAAGAACUGUACUUUUUCGAAUUUAUUAUCGAUGAUUUACCUAUUCGCGGAUUUGUUGGUCACUUGAAAGAAAGUGGUUUUAUUCCCCAUAGUCAUCAAGUAUAUCUAUGGGGACAUUUUGAUUUCUUUUUCGAGUAUAACAUGGAUCAGCUUAUUAGCGCAAAUGUUAGCAUGUCCAAUGUCAAUCCGAUAAGCCUAGAAAACAUUGACACUUUUCCGGCUCAAAUCACCUAUACCUACAGCGCUACAUGGAAAAAGACCAAGGUUGCAUAUUCUCAGCGGAUGUCAAAGAAAGAUACAUUUUUUCAAAAGUCUCUUGAGAUCCAUUGGCUUUCCAUUAUCAAUUCAAUUGUACUGGUAAUCCUCUUAAUGGGCUUCGUAGUAAUCAUACUGAUGCGUGUACUAAGGAGCGACUUCGCUCGUUAUAAUGUUGUAAAUGAUGAAGAAGACAGCUUAGUGUUAUCAUCUACUUUAGAUCGGGAUGAUAAUGGUUGGAAGGUCGUCCAUGCUGACGUAUUUAGACUACCAAAAUACAAGUCUUUACUAUCGUCUAUGCUAGGCGUUGGUUCGCAAUUUCUCUUAAUUACUGGUUCAAUUUUAAUCAUGGCUAUGCUAAAGAUGUUCAAUAUUCAUAGGCAUGGAUCAAUUAAUACUGCCGCUGUAUUGAUGUAUGCCUUAACAUCAUUCGUCGCUGGUUACGUUUCAAGUAAUUUCUAUAAAAAAAUUGGUGGAGAAAAUUGGGUGUGGAAUAUUGUAUUAACUUCAACGUUAUUCUCUGCCCCUUUAUUUCUUGUUUGGAGUAUCGAAAAUUCCGUUGCUUGGUAUUAUGCAUCCACCCAGGCUCUGCCGUUUACUACUGUUAUGAUUCUGGUAUUAAUUUGGAUGUUGGUUGGAUUCCCGUUAAAUGUUCUCGGUGGGAUAUUUGGUAAAAAUUAUGCGAUAUCAUUCAAUGCUCCUUGUCGGACAAAAAAUAUUGCUAGAGAAAUCCCAUCUGUGUCAUGGUACCGCAGUGGCCCGAUACUAAUGUUAAUAGGCGGAUUUAUCCCGUUUAGUGCUGUCUCGGUGGAAUUGUACUACAUUUUCGCGACAACAUGGGGACGUGAACAGUACACCCUAUACGGCAUCUUAUUUGUUGUCUAUGUUAUCCUAUUAAGUGUAACUGUUUGCAUUUCUAUCGCACUGACUUAUUUCCAAUUAUCAAAUGAAGACUAUCGCUGGUGGUGGCGAUCUUUUAACAAUACCGGAUUUGCGAGCUUCUUUGUAUUUGUUUAUGCAUUCUUUUACUUCGUCAAACGCUCAAAUAUGACUGGCACUUUGCAAACUUUUGAAUUUUUCGGUUAUACAUUAUUAGCUUGUUAUGUCUUUUACCUAAUGUUGGGUACGGUAUCUUUUUACGCUUCACUAACCUUUAUAAGAUACAUCUACUUAAACUUGAAAAUGGACUAA